CUUCGACUGAGGUCUUCACCGACACAGUCACAACUGCGAACGCGCUCUCACUGGAAGUCGACUUGGUUCGGCAGAACACCUUGUCCGGCAACAACCAAAACGUUGUGAUCCAAUUAAGAACGAACACCUUCUGUUCAUCCGAUCCAAGAUCCUAAAAUUCAAUCUGCAAUACCAACGAGUAUCAUGGAUUCAUCGAGCUUGACAAGCGGUAAUUCCGACGCGGAGAAAUCGAAGGUGCCUGAUCGCGAACACGUUCGUGAGUGGAAAGGAUUUGGAGAAUUGAUUCGUUUGAAUCCCACGAUGGUCACAAUCUACGUUGGUCCUGCCAAGGCGAAAUGGGUCCUACAUGAAGCAAUCCUCUGCAACGAAUCGAGUUUCUUCAAGAGCGCUUUCCAGAACGGCUUCGCAGAAUCAUCCUCCAAAACCAUGCAUCUAGAAGAAGAUGAUCCCAAGGUCUUCACACUCUUCGUGAACUUUCUCUACAGUCCACAAGCCGGUUGUAAUCAACCACACGAUGGAAGUCCCGAAGCUUGCGAUCACAUCAGGGCAUAUUACGAGCUUGAAGCGUUCGCGGACAGAAUUGGAUGGGGAAGCCUCUCGGCAUGGGCUGAAGAUAAGUACAAUUACUGUAUGACCACCUGGACAGGAGAGAGAUACCGUCCUCAGCCUGAAUCGGUUCGUUUUGUAUUCGAAAGAUGCCCCGAGUUUUCUCCUUUCAGAAAAUACAUGGUUGCAGAUGCUGUGUAUGACUACCUAAGCUGGGAAUUUGAGGAUUUCGGAUAUUGGGCAAAAUUGAUGGGUAUCAAUGCCAAGUUUGCUGAACAAUGCAACAUAGAGCUUAAGGAACACAUGAAGAGCAGCGGAAACUUGACAUACUUUGAGGGUGAUUGUACUCGGCGCGAUUGCACAGUUCACUGUCGCGAGGAAAUCCUGGCAGAGCAGGGAGAAUAUUAAGCUACUGAGGCUGCUAUACUAUGAACUUGAUGGUGGUCACAGUCCUGUGGCAUAGUUGUUUUGUAUCACAUAGUAGAAGGGGGUCGUAUGAUCUAUACGAGGGCACAUCACAUGAAGCACUCUGGAGGGGAAUUGGGCACAACUGGCCUAAUAGGCAUUCUAGCUAGUCAAUCAAACUACGGUGGCAACAGCUCCAUUGGCAUAGAAAGAAUCUCCAUAGGGAUGGAGAUUAUUCCAUAACUAUGGAGAAUCUUUCUAUACCUAUAGAGCUGACUUUCUCUUUAUUAACCCCAUG